AUGGAGCUUGACGCCACGCUAGGAACCAAGCAUUUUCGGACGACCGCUUACCACCACGCUGCCAACGGUCUCGUGGAAAGAUUCCACUGUCAACUAAAAGGCGCUAUCCGAUGCCAAGCCACUGAAAAAUGGGUCGAUAUCUUACCCGCGGUCCUGCUGGGCAACAGGUCAGCCUGGCGAGACGAUUUCUCGGCAACGACAGCGGAACUAGUGUACAACGAACCUCUCAGACUCCAGGGCGAAUUCUUGGCACCUAGAGAAUCGAGCGGGAACAAGGAAGGUGCGACGAACUUCAGCCAAGAAUUGAAAAAGCACUUUCAACAGCUUCAACCGAUCCACGGAACCAGACACGGAAGUAAAAAGAACUUCGUUUUCAGAGACCUAGCCAACUAUACACAUGUUUGGAUUCGCUUGGGUGGAGAACACCACCCGUCAACGCGAGAAGAAAGGGAAACAAAUUACCGUUUCAAUCGUCCGCUUGAAACCGGUGUACAUCCUGUCCGUAGAGGAACAACGCCAGGAGGAUCCACAACGCCCAGAGGCUACUCGGAAUGA